UUGGCUGACGAGUCACUUUGCUUCCAUCGGAUUGGUCGGACCAAGAGGCGGGGUAUCACGUUCGGUUGCGGAGCUGAAACCGGUAACCGAGCACUCCAGCACGUUGUGAAGCCCUAGCGUUUCAGGCUGCCGCCGACGUGAUCUAAAGAAAUCAAUUGUUUCUAGAUCGAAGAUUUUUUUUGAUUGUUGACCUACGGAGAUUUCCAGCUGACCAAAGAAAUGGUGAUGGAGAAGCCAAGUGCCCAGCUGGUCGGGCGAGAGUUUGUCCGACAGUACUACACACUGCUGAACCAGGCCCCCGACUACCUGCACAGGUUCUAUGGAAAGAACUCGUCCUACGUGCACGGCGGCCUGGACAACAACGGCAAACCCGUGGAGGCUGUGUACGGACAAUCUGAGAUCCACAAGCGAGUGAUGGCUCUGAGUUUCCGGGAAUGUCACACCAAGAUCCGGCACGUGGACGCCCACGCCACACUGAACGAGGGCGUGGUGGUGCAGGUGAUGGGCGAGCUGUCCAACAACAUGCAGCCCAUGAGGAAGUUCAUGCAGACCUUCGUGCUGGCACCGGAGGGAACCGUCGCAAACAAAUUCUACGUCCACAACGACGUGUUCCGCUACCAGGACGAGGUGUUCAGCGACUCUGAUUCUGAGCCCCCGGAAGAGUCUGAGGACGAGGUGGAGGAGAUCGAGGAGAGGGUCCCCUCCCCCGACAUCGCUCAUGAAGAGUCUGCCUCCUUCUACGCCCCCACAGCCUGUUCAGAGCCGGCAAUCCCUGGGGACGAGGAGGAAGAUGAGGAGGAGGAGGAAGAAGAGGCUGCGGCGAGUCCAGAACCCGAGCCGGCGAAGGAGCCCGCUGUCGUGGAGCUGAAGGUGGAGACGCAGGCGGAGACAAACGCCUCAGACGACCAGAAGGAGAAAAACGCCGGCACCACGCCCGCCGCCGAGCCUGCCGCCCCCGCAGAGCCCGCCCCCGCCGCCCCAGAGGAAAACCGGCCGUUCUCCUGGGCCUCCGUCACCAGUAAGAACCUCCCUCCCAGCGGGGCGGUCCCAGUCUCAGGAAUCCCCCCACACGUCGUCAAAGCCCCGCCUACCGCACCGCCCAGAGCCGAAGUGAAGGCAGAGUCGCAGACGGCGACGCAGAGACCCCAGAGGGACCAGAGGCCGAGGGAGCAGAGGCCCGGGGGUCCCCCGCCGGUCCACAGAGGCCCCCGACCAGUCCGGGAAGGCGAGCCGGGCGAGCAGGAGGUUCGCCGGGUGGUCCGGUACCCCGACGCCCAGCAGCUCUUCGUGGGGAACGUCCCUCACGACGUGGACAAGACGGAGCUCAAGGAGUUCUUUGAGCAGUACGGCACCGUCCUGGAGCUCAGGAUCAACAGUGGGGGGAAGCUGCCCAACUUUGGCUUCGUGGUGUUUGAUGACUCUGAACCGGUGCAGAAGAUCCUCAGCAACCGGCCCAUUAAGUUCCGAGGCGACGUGCGGCUCAACGUGGAGGAGAAGAAGACCCGUUCGGCCCGGGAGGGCGACAGGCGGGACAUCCGGCCCCGCGGCCCGGGAGGCCCCGGUGGCCCGCGCGAUCGGAUCGGAGGCAGUGGUGGUGGUGGAGGAGGACCCCGAGGACCCCCCACCCGCGGAGGCAUGGCACAGAAGCCCAGCUUCGGCUCUGGGCGGGGUGCCGGGCCCAGUGAGGGCCGCUACCCGGCCCAGCGCCAGUGAGACCCCCCCCCACGCCUAGUUAGGUUAACGAUCUGGAUUCAACUGACGGUUUUUGGUCAUUUAUUUUUUGGAUUAUUGCAGCAGGAACCAAUUAGACAAACGUGUAAUACCAGAGCAACGAGUAGGAGUUAAUUUCAAGUCAGUUUGGGUCUCGCACACACGCUCUCCUGCUUUCUGGCCCCUCCUCGGUCUCCCCAAACGUGAGCGCACAAGUAUUUUGGCGGGGUUUCUGUUGGUGUGAAGCAGGUUCGGUCGAGUGCAGUCUCUGCAUGUCUCAUGGAGACUCCUCCUCUUCCUCCUCUGCUGCUUUGUUUCCCUUUGAGGAAUCCACGAUGUCACUCCUUACAUUUUAAUGUUUUAUUUGUUUGGUUUUUAACCCUCCACCAGCACAUCUAUUAUCUGGACUCUGUCAUUUCUUUUUUUUUUCUUCAUGCUGAACUUGAAUUUAUCAAACAAAAGUCAACGCACGCAAACACAUGAAACAAGAAAGAAAAAAGGGUAAAUACUACUUGAAUUGGGGAUUAAAACACCCAGAGGUUAGGUAUUUUUUUUUCGCGUUCUCUCCCUGUUUCUUAAAGGAACGUGUACUUUACUGCUCGGGCAAUCCUGUGUAUUGCUGCCACCGUUGUGUCUAGCGAUGGAUCGGUCUUAUCUUUUUAUUCUAUCAGGUCAAGAGCUGAACUGUAGUUUUUAUUUGAGUAAUGUUGGCUUGUAACGUGCAGAUUCACAGGGCGCGUCUGAACGGAGCAUGUCUCAAAUCAUGUACAUCCAAUCCUAGUCGGGCUUCUACCAAUGCACUUCAUUCGUCAUCAUGUCAAAAACGAGUUCACCUGCCGAUGAGAGAACUAAAUUAAAAGUGAUUUACUGUUUUAAA